AUGAGAACAACCUCUCGUACCUACAGUCGGUUGCUACCACGUCGAGAACGAGAAUUUGACAAUUCGGUGAGACUAAAUUCAGCGGUAAAUCAAAGUAGAUUAUCCACUGAAUUGAAUCAAUUCAACGAGCCAGCCACUCAAUCAACCCACUCGAUCAGUCAUCCGACCCAACUUGCUCAAAACAUUGAUCGUCGCCACGUAUCGACUCUAUCCGUAGCUCAGUGUCUGCCGGUUGAAUUACUAAUACUUAUAUGGAUAUUUGCUGAUGGGUUAUCUCGCUUCCAUCUGUUACAAGUGUGCUCAUGGUGGCGACAAGUAUUCCUCGAGAACUUCUCUCAUCCUGAUUUGCGCGACUACACUUUGAGAAUACGUUUGAAUCUAUAUUCGGAGCAUCGCAUAGAACGAUUUCUGUUCAGGACAAUCUAUAUGGCUAUUGAUCCAUUUAUUUCGUGCAUAGACAUUCUUGUUCCGGAUAACUUUUUCAAUUUGCGAUUGGCCGAUCAAAUACCUCCAUUUAGUCCAUUGCUUCCUCUUGUUGUGGAGAGAUGCCCGAAUUUGAGAAUACUUCAUAUUUCUCAUCAAAAUCCAGACAGAAGUUAUAUUGUACUUGGUAGCCUGUCAUUGGAUGAACAUUUCUACAAUUGGCUAUCUAAAAAUGUAACGAAAAGACAUGCGGAAGUAUUCAAGUUUUUCUAUUUAGGGUCUGCAACUACUAUAGCUAAGAGUAGUGAUACGUUCUGGCAAGCUGUAAAGGGUUUAAUUAGAGAUUGGGAGUAUACGUGGACAUUACAAGCAAGAAUGGAAUUUGAGCAUGGACUCCGUAUACAAAAGCAUUCACUACAAGUUUUCCGUCCCGGUGACUGGAUAUGUUCUGAAUGUCAAGCGCAUAACUUUGCCAAUCGUAUAACAUGCUUCAGGUGUAAUCAUAAACCUGCUGAAAGGAAAAUUUCAGGGGGUGAUUGGCUCUGUUCUUGUGGAUUUUACAAUUAUUCCAUGCGACUCGUUUGCUUCAAAUGUAAUGCCGAAAGACCCGAGUCAGCAGAUUUUGUUCCUGAUCGGACCCAGCAUGGAAAUAAUGAAUUUGGCGAUGAGAAGGGCGCAUUAGGUGAGAAGAACGAAACGGAUGAGAAAGAUGAGAAGGGCGAAUCAGAUGAGAAGAGCGAAACUGAUGAUAAGAGCGAAACUGAUGAUAAGAGCGAAACUGAUGAAAAGAGCGAAACUGAUGAAAAGAAGACUACGUAA